AGAUUGUGUUGUUGCUUAAAUUGAUUUUAGUUUUUUGUAUAUUUAUCGUCAUACGAAUAUAUUUUAUAAUUACACUAAUUUAAACAUAAAGAGCAAAGGAAAGAAAGUAAUAUAAUAUAUUUUUUUAUGUUAUACCGCAUCUGAAACAAUUUUGAAAUGUCUGAAUCGGAUCUUUUAGCUGCUGAUCAUAUUGAUGGUCUAGACGGACUUGAAAAUGGUCAAGAUGGAGAUGCUAUUAUGCAGUGCGAUGGUGUAAAACGUGAAUUAAAUGAAGCAAAUAUUGAUGAUCCGGAACUAGAGGCUAUUAAAGCACGUGUUAGGGAAAUGGAAGAGGAAGCAGAAAAAUUAAAACAACUACAAUCUGAAGUGGACAAACAAAUGAAUAUGGGUAGUCCACCCGGAAUAACAAGUCCGUUAAAUAUGUCACUUGAAGACAAAAUGGAAGUUGAUAAUAGGUCCAUCUAUGUUGGUAAUGUUGAUUAUGGUGCCACAGCAGAAGAAUUAGAGCAACAUUUUCAUGGUUGUGGCAGUAUUAACAGAGUAACUAUAUUGUGCAAUAAAUUUGAUGGACAUCCCAAGGGAUUCGCUUACAUAGAAUUUGCAGAACGUGAUUCUGUACAAACAGCUAUGGCAAUAGAUGAAUCUAUGUUUAGAGGACGUCAAAUUAAAGUAAUGCCUAAAAGAACAAAUAGACCUGGAUUAUCAGUGACAAAUAGGGGGCCACGGGGAGCGCGAGGUUACCGAGGUAUAGCCAGAGGAAUCAUACGUGGUAGUGCAUAUUUCGGAUAUAGACCUAUAAGGAGACCUAGAAGCUAUAGGCGAGGAUACUACAUGCCGUAUUGACCGUUUUAAUGUAUUUUACUGGAAUUUGACAAAUUAAG